AUGGACGAUACCGGGCGAGUGGCAAUAUUUUGGGGCUUCGAGGCAUGUCGACCGCCAUUCUUGGUCGAUGGCGUUGAGCUGGUGGAGAAGAUCCAACGCAUCGCGCAUACUUUCGGAGAGGUCACCUUGUUCAAGACCUACGUCGACUUGGCCAAGCUAGCAAGCAGUCGAGCUCCUUUGCGUUCCGAAUUGCAUGCAUGCGGUGUAUCAGUUGUCGACUGUCCUCGUACCAACCGGAAGGAUGUGACGGAUAAGAUGAUUGCAGUGGAUAUGAUGGUCUUUGCCAUGGACAAUCCAGCACCUUCGACGCUGGUUCUGCUGUCGGGCGAUGCAGACUUUGCAUAUCCAGUGUCGAUUUUGCGUUUAAGGAAGUAUCACGUGGUGGUUAUUGCACCGUCCGCGACGGACAAUAGCACUUCCAUCAAGUAUCGCGCAUCCAUCAGGCUAGGAUGGGAGCGCGACGUACUGGAUAAAAGUGUUACGUCGGUGUCGGUGGGACAUGGCCUGGACAUCGCAAUUCUUCCGACGGCAAAGAGAGAGUUAGACGAGGAUGGUAAUCGUCCCUCGAAACGAGCUCGAGUCUUGGGUGGCUCCUGUAAUCCUCACAUUCCGGCAUCGCCUGAGGUCGGCCUAACGACAGCAGUCCCGAGACACCUGCAACCUCCGAUGCAUACCGCGUCGACUAGCAUGUCUUCAAUGCUACGAGCUGACACUGUUGCGUCCGGUGCCCGUGCUGAGCAAGAAGGUGACGGCGGUUCCAGCGUCGCAGCUGAAUUGUCGUUGGAGUCAAUGACUCUAAUUUCUAUCGCCCAAGGUCCGGCCAUUCCAGUAGACGAUAACGAGGUCUCCCUCCCGGUGGAGACUGCUCACAGCGACGAAGUAUGCCGAGGCAGCGUAGCCGAGAGAGCAGAGGGCGAACUGCUAAGCGGGACCUCUUUACCGGAUGCGAAACAGGAAGAUUCCAUCGAGCCCGGUGGCCCUGCCGACGAUCAACCAGAAGGGUCCACGCACCAUACUUCAACCAAGGAAGCGAGGGAAGUCCCUGCCCAGUUUCACAGACUCGUCGAAUUGUUGGAGAGAGCCAGAAUGAAUGGCGAUUCAGCGCAGGGGUGGUCCAUACUCGGGCGCGGUUUCGCGAAGGACCCCAUAGCUAGUAAAGCUGCCCUGCAGUCUGCCGGCGUUCCUAAAUUCAGGAAGUACGUGCACCUCGCGGAGAAAGCAGGCAUAGUCAAAGUUAUGCGCACCGAUGCGCACGAGCCAUCGGUUUGCCUAGCUCCAGAAUGGCAUGGGAAGGUCGUCAUAGAGCAAGAUCCGGAGGAAGUACAGAGAGCAGAUUUCUUGCGUCUCUUGGAAGACUUUCUGUGA